UUCUUAUAUACCUCUCUCUCUCUCUCUCUCUCUCUCUCUCUCUUUCCGCAAACCGAUCAUGUUGCGUAAGUCACCAUUAUUACAUGUAUUUAUUCAUUUGGACCGCCUUUUGUUAUAAUAACCACAACCUCUAUAAAUUAUUAUCUUUGUAUCAUUACGUGGUACCUCUCCUUUGUUGUAAUGGAAACCAGAAAGGGCAGUAUCAGUGUCUUGAUGCUACCGUGGCUAGCCCAUGGUCACAUAUCUUCCUUCCUAGAGCUAGCUAAAAGACUUACAGAAACGAAUUUCUUCAUAUACUUUUGCUCUACAUGCAUCAAUCUUAAUUCUGUUAAGAAGAUGCUACCAGAGAAAUACUCUCCCUCCAUACAACUAGUGGAACUCCAUCUGCCCUCCUCACCGGAGCUCCCUCCCCACCUCCACACCACCAAUGGCCUACCACCCCAUCUAAUGCGCGUUCUCAAAAUUGCCUUUGAAGAAUCAAAACCCUUUUUCUCUCACGUACUCAAUACCCUCAAUCCAGACCUAAUUAUGUAUGACUUCAACAUGCCGUGGGUCUCAGCUAGUGCUUCUUUGCUCAAUAUUCCAUCCUUUCUUUUUUUCACUUUUGGGUCUUUGUUCACUUCUUUCGCCUUUCAUUUCAUGGAAAAUCCUGAUGCUGAAUACCCAGUUCAGUCCAUUCAGCUUCACGAGUCUGAAAAAACUUCUUUAAAAGCCAUGUUGGAGUUUUCUGCAAACGGAGUGAAAGAUGGAGACCUUAUUCGUGAAUCCAUCAAGCUCUCUCGCGAUGUUGUGUUGAUCAAAACUUCUACAGAGAUAGAGGAAAAGUAUAUCGAUUAUCUCUCUAUGUUAGUCAAGAAAAAGGUUCAACCUGUCGGUCUGUUGGUUCAAGAAAUAGUGGAUAAAGACGAUGAUACUGAAGUCAUGCGAUUUCUUCAUAAGAAAGAUGAGUCCUCGGUUGUGUUUGUUGCCUUCGGAAGUGAGUUUUUUCUAUCUGAUGAAGAAAGGGAAGAGAUAGCUUAUGGGCUAGAGCUUAGCAGGGUUAAUUUCAUAUGGGUCGUUAGGUUUCCUGUGGGAGAGAAAACUACGGUCGAAGAGGCAUUGCCAGUGGGUUUUCUUGACAGGGUUGGAGAUUUAGGAAUGGUUGUGGAGGGGUGGGCUCCACAGGCAAAAAUCCUAACGCAUCCAAGCACCGGUGGUUUCAUGAGUCAUUGCGGAUGGAAUUCUGUAUUAGAGAGUAUAAAAUUUGGCAUUCCGAUUAUAGCCAUGCCGAUGCAUCUUGACCAGCCAUUGAAUGCCAGGCUAGUUGAGGAGGUUGGUGUGGGUGUGGGGGUGAAGAGAGAUGAGACUGGUAGGCUUGAUAGGAAGGAGAUAGCAAUAGUUGUAAGAAGGAUAGUAGUGGAGAAACAUGGAAUGGAAGUUAGAAACAAGGCAAGGGAAUUGAGUGGGAAGAUGGCAAUGAAAGAAGUGGAAGAGAUAGAUGAGGUGGUGGAGGAGAUGGUGAAACUCUCCGGGAAGAGGAAAUAGUGCACCCAGGCUCUAGGCAGUGUGUGUCCGCUAGCGCGAGCGAGUGUUUUUGUUAGUUUUGCUUCUCGACAUUAACGUCCUUUAUCCUUGAAUUCCACUUUAUUUCUGGGACGGACCUUGUAUUCCUGGUAUGUUUAUUAUGAAGUUAUGACUUUUGGUUUUAAAAAUAUGCAAUAUAUAAGGUAUGAGUUUCCAUUCGAUGCAAUAAA